AGGGUUUGUGUACUGGACAGGAUUUGCCUGCGGUGAGUGUUAACAAGCGCGAGGAGAGUGUUAGUGAUCCUGCCACCGUCAACAUUAUGUGCUGUUCUGUGGAGUAGCAGCAUGGCUGUCGAAGCUGUCCACUGCAACCUGAGUCAGAAUGGGAUCGAUCACCAGGUGUGUAUGGCGGAUGCCUGUUCACACGUGGAAGAGGAGUGUGUAGAUCAUGGCCCAGGACUGAAUGAUAACAGCUCAGGCUUUCAGCAGCACAGUCCAGGUUUCCAGCGCUGUAGUCCACCACAACGCUCCGUCUCUGAAUCUGAACUCUCCAAGUCAGGGACGGUGAAACUGUCCAAACCGGUGGCUUUGUGGACUCAGCAGGAUGUGUGUAAGUGGCUGAAGAAACACUGUCCAAACCAGCAUCAAGUCUACAGUGACGCCUUCAAACAGCACGAUAUUACAGGCCGGGCUUUGAUGAGGCUGACAGACAGGAAGCUGGAGAGGAUGGGGAUCAUGCAGGAGAGCCAGAGACAGUACAUCCUGCAACAAGUCCUACAGCUCCGUGUCAGAGAGGAGGUUCGCACCCUACAGCUUCUCACACAAGCUGGGGUUAGAGAGUUCCCUCUGCACUGGGAGCCUGCGUUCCUGUUAAACCCCAUUACUGCAUUCAAAUGUGGUUUGGUCCAUUGUCUGCUAUCCCUGUGCUCACACACAUUAGCUGUGGCUCAGCUAUGGCUGACCGACCUCUUUGGAGAGCUCUCCAUAACCCAAGCAGUUCCAGAGACCCGCCAGUCACCACAAACGUCUUCUCAAUCAUUGGCAGCACACACCAGCCUUCCAGCCCAAAACUGAGUCGACUCAAGCCCCGGAUCAAACCCUUGUGUCUUAGGAUACUUAUCUUUCCCCUUUCUCUUUCUCUUUACCCUUAUCAUACAUCCUUCCCACCCAGAUACCAAACCUUAGACUCCUAAGAUGACUUCUUCUUCUUCAUCUUCAUCUUCUUCUUCCUGUGGCAAGUGUAACAUCUCUGAAUUGGACCACAGAUAUUCUUCCUGCUAAAAGGACAAUUAGCACUGAGAGACUAAUUUUACUGUAUGUCAUCUUAAGUGUAGCACUUUCCUGUAGAGAGUGUGUUAGCUACACCAUUCAGACUAGCAUAAUAUUCAGGCACGCACAUUAGUCGCAGCAGUAGGGCUACUGGUAACUAUUUUCUACUUUCUUUCUUACUCUAUAUCUGUUUUCCUGACUUUGCCCUCUUUACUCUAUAGAAGGACUGCAUAGAGACAUUUUGCACAUCUGUAUAUUAUCUGUGCCUCGUGUUUAUUCCCGUAAGUAUGUUGUCUUUUUCUGUUAUGCUCAACUGUACGCUGUGGGCUCUUUGAUCUGUUUUUUGUUUUGUUUUGCACCACAACCCCUUCCGCUCGUCCUUUCCUUAAUCUAAACUACACUGUGACUCUGACCAGCUGUCUUAACGUGGCAGAUGCCACCUGAUCUACUCUCCGACGCUCCAGCCCCUUCAAAUCAAGGCAGCCUCCAUGCUUCCCAGCAUUUAAAACAAAAUAGGACAUGAGAAAUAAGGAGAAAGGGCAGUCAUUAUACCAAAAGUCAGGCAAAACAUUAUUCCCAUUAAAAUAAAGUAUGCCACAUGGAGUCUGUUCGGGUGUCUGAUCUGAAAGCGGUGAGAGAUCUGAAAGCGAGAUCUGAAAGCGUCCUCUCCUGAAGACUUGUCCUGGCCAUGGAGGAAAAAAGAAAAAAGAAGAAAUCUAGCUAUCAAACAGCACCGUUAAAGUGAAUCGAAGAAAAGGGAUAUCGAACGGAAAUCAUAAUGAAUUUGUUCUUUGCUGUCUGCAAACAUUUUCUGCCGCAUCACCGUAUUGUUAAAUGGCCAUGCACUGUUACCUUUAUUACUACAAAGCACACGACAUCGCUUAGUCGUUGUUAUAUAUCAAUCAGCAGAAAAGUCUACACGAUACAGUAUAUCAGCUCAAAAAAAGCAAAACAGUAUAACCAUUUUAUACCUGUAGCAUGACUCAGCACGUGACUAGCCUUCCAAAUAGCUUCAACAGAAAUUGUGUUCUAGUUUGAUGAAAUAAAAGGUUACAUAAAGUCAAGGCCUGAUCUAAAAGUGGGGGAUUGCAGCAGAUUGAAUGCUGUUGAUUAGAUCGUAUUGGAUCAGCUAGCCACUCGAAUGGUGGUGGUGUUGAGAAUCACAGAGGAAAGGCAUGUUUCAGUUAAACUACUCGACAGCAUUUCAUGGCUGGUUGAAGCUACGGUCUGGUCCACGGUACACGGGAGAACACUUUUGGAAAUGGGUUUUGUGAUGGUGGAAAUGUUGUGAAGUAAUAGAAUAGCGAGUGAGGCGUAUAAUUAAUCUUUCAUCUGUGAGAUCUUAAAAGUUGCAUGGUUGGUGAAAUAUUACAGGGAAAUAGACGGCUAAUAUUUAUUUACAUAUCAUACGCCUCUACUGUGAGAUGACCACUGAAAACUGACACUAUACUACUACGGUUUGAACUCGAUGAUCGUUGGUUUAGAUCUUUAGUUUGAAAUUGUUACUUUUCGCUGACUGUGUAGCGCUAGUCGGUCACGAGACGUCUCACUUAUUCGUAGCAAAUAUUGUGCGAGUUUUUGUUCUUCUGAAGCAUUUUUAGCCUUUUUCUAGUUAAAAAAAUGGUCCUUGAUAGCUGAAAGAGCGCUUGCAGAAGAAGAACCAUUUUAGAAAAUGAUUUGAUGACCUCUGGAAAAUUUGUCAGCUAAUGUUCCAUGAUAUUACAAAAUGUCAAAAUGGGAAAGAUGGUCACAGAGAGCAGAGUGCUUCAGAGUGUGCUGAACUUCUGAAAUGGUUAUGAAAGAGUUUUUAAAGUUGUCGAAGAUGGCUACAGCUAAGGACCUUGUGCAUGGCGCACAGUGGUUGGUUUAGUUUCUCUAAAAGAACAAAGGAUGGAGUUUGAAUUAAAUCUCCAUACGUACCUCAUAAUGUACCUCAAAUUUCUUUUUACCUUGAGCUGAAGCCCAUUCACGGUAAUGAAAUAAUAAUAACGUAUCGUGUCUCAGAGCUAGAGAACUGAUCUCUGUCAGGUCUAUUAAAUCUGUGUGAUGCUGUUUAGUAUUUAAAGAUACUUUUAUUAUGAACUACUAAUCGCAAAACGUCUUAGUGUAGAAAUGCUGUUCUGCUGUCAUUUUUUCUUCUGCUAGUGACAUGCUUUGAGAAGCCUGAAAUAAAUGUGAGGAUUGUGAGGAAAUGGAGUAUUGAUGGUAGUAUCAGCUUAUUGAUCUGCAGCAUUAAGGUGACAUCUAGGGCAACGUCUGGAUCAAGGCUGCUGCUUCCAGACUGACUCUGGAUAUUCUGAUAAAAGAACCAUACGUCUUAUUGAAACUCAGACACACUGCACUUACAUGCAUGCUACCAUUUGCAUCUAUAUAGUUUGUACUUUCUUUUAUGAUAUGAUUUGUUAUAUGUUUCUGGUUAUGCCAGUGUUGUACAAACCGGUUCUCAUCAGACCUGGGAUGUUCAACUCAAACUUCCAGUCCAGGUCCUUGUUUCCAGAGGUUCAGAUAAGCACUGGUUGUAUGGGGACAACGGUUUUCUUUUCAUUUUUUGCCAUUAAUAAUUCAUCACCGACAAACAAGACAAAUGAAAUGGAAAAAAUGUAUAAAUGGAAAAGUCAGUGAAACCCCUACUGGGAUGUAGUCACUGGUUCACUGUCUUUAGCAUGUGCUUGGAUAAACCUCGACAGAGGAUCUACUCCAGAGGACAUGCCGAGUUUUUUCUGACGUUAAUCGGUUGAACUACUCAAUUCUGUCCACAGAAACACUUUGCUAGGACACAAGUUGAUAUCCUCUGCUCCAGAUGGUUGACAUUUUUGCUUUUCUAACUCACAGAAUGUACAGUUUAAUGUUCUGAUUAAGACAUAGCAGUGAUAUGCACAAGAGCUGUGUCUUAAUUGUCUCAAAAGUGUCUAAAGUAUUAUAACUAUAAUAUAAUACUACACCUACAUGAUGGAUGCAUGGAUGAAUUG